AUGUUCAGAAGAUCAAGAAUCCCAAUUAGCUCUGUUCGGAUUUCAGACCCAGAGGAAUCAAGGCAAGAUCACCAAUUCACACCUCCUGGUCUUCAAUCCGACUUUGAGAAAGCACUUCACAUUCAUCAGGGUACAUCAAUCAGCAAACCCGAACAAAAUCCAGACAGAUUGACUCCGGCUGAAGGUUCAAAUGCUGUACCACCUCGUUUGCAAGCACUUUUAAGACUUGAUCAUCUUCUUCGUCCAUCUCCAUUAAUAUCAUCAAAAGUGGAACGAAGGAUUGUCUCUGAGCCUUUUGGUCGUGCUCCUCAAUGGUCUAUUGAAGAAGAUGCUGAGUUUAAUUAUCACCGAGACCGAGAACGGCGUCCUUUUCUAUCCAAGAGUGAUCAACAACCGGUAUCAUCUUCAAAGAACCAGCUAAUCAAAGUCCAAGGCCUCAAAAGUCGUUAUUCUGUUCAAGUUUCUGAUAAUGAUUCGGAUUCUCAUCAUUCUCGCGAUACCCACCAGAGUGAUACGAUGAGUUCAAAGAAAUCAUAUCGAUAUAAUAGAUCUUGGGCACCAUCACCACCGUCAAGCUUCUCAAGUAUUACAACUAAUGGUGAUUAUAAGCACAAUUCAAGUACAUCCCUCUUUGAUUCUGAUGGAGGAGUACCUUCGAAUGACACCGAAGAAUGUUACAUCCCACAACUUCAGCCGAAACGCAAAUCGCCUCAACUAGUCUUAAAACGCUCACCCACGGUCGGAAUAUCUAGGCUCCAGAGCUCUCCGCUGGCUCCUUUGCCAGUACAUAGAUCGCCGGAACGAGUCUCAUGGAGCAAGAGACAGAAGCCAUAUCCAGACCGUACCCUUGAAGAACGGAACAUCGAUAUAGGCAAGAAAGAGGAUCCUACUCCCAUAGAAAGCGUAUCCCGGAAGCUUUCAACAAACCAUCAGUCAGCCAACACUUCUGCGCAUCCAGUCGAAGCCAUUGACAAACCGAACAUAGAAAGAAAUCUUUCGCUAGAGAAUAUGAUCGCAUCUCUACCUUCAGUACCAAGACCGCCAACUAGAGAGCAUCUUAAACACACGAGUCGUCCGGUAUCCACCACUCGUAACCUUAGAGCACUUUCAGAGCCUACACCGAUCACUGAGGCGUAUGUACCUGAAGCGCAUACUCAAGUGCAUUUUAAAUCUCCUGCCGAUCUUUCGAUUGCGCGACGGAAAGCUGCGACUUCAAGGAUGAAAGAUUCACCUGAGAAUCAAAGUCAGACAAGGACUCACAAGUCUCUCUCUAAUAACGUCAACGAUCAAACCUCUAUUCCUCAUAUAGAUUCUAAUAAGAUUACGGAUACAGAGACUCCGCUUAAUCCUCUCAAGAGUACAAUAAAACCUAUCUCUACUCAAGGUUUAUCACCUCUUAUCAAGUCACUCAAAUAUGGUCUUCUACAAUUAGCACUUCCGAAGAGUGAUCUUACUGUCGAACCGUUCGAUGGUCUUGAAGUGAGGUUUUGGUUGAAGAAAGAAGCAAUUGAAUAUCUGGGAUCUGAAAGUGGUGAUUUAAUUGUUAUCAAACAAGAUGGUCAAACGGUUCAAUGUAUGAUGAGAUCACCUGACUUCUCUUCAAAAGCUGAACCAUCAACUUUAGAAACAUCAAUACAAAAAUCGAUUCCAUUAGCUACUUUUUAUCAUUUAUCAGCACUACCAACAUACUUAUUAAAAUUAAUUAAAUAUAUUGAAAGGAACCUUGAAUUGAUUAAAAGUCAAACACCAUUUUUGAUUUUUAAAAUUUCAAGUUUAAAUUAUUUUCAAGGUGCUAGAUGUCUAGUUAUGAUGAAUGGUGAAAAACCCGAUAUUGUGAUUGAUUGGUCAGGUCUUCAAAAAAUCAAAAUUUCUAGAAAGAAGCGUAAAGUUUUUGUUUGGAAUAGGAAUAGAGGUAUAGAAGGUAAUGAUCGGAUGAGUAAAAUGGUGGGUGGGUGCGAUGCAGAAGGCAAAAUUGGAGAUGAGUUUGUUGAAGAGUUGAGAGAAGGUUGUACAAAGUUGAAGAGUGAGAGUGAAAGAGUGAAAGAGAUUAGUUUGUUGGAUGAUAGGUUGGAUUGUUUGAUACGAUGUAUUGAGAUGUCUGAUACUGUUCUGAAAGUUUUCAAAGGUGGUACACUGAGGGAUACGAGUCCUGUGACUCUUCACUCGUGA